AUGUAUAAGAAUCAGCUACAAGAGUACACGCAAAAAUUGGCCAAACCGCUCCCAAUUUAUCACACAGUUAAUGAAGGUUUUACACAUGCGCCUAAGUUCAGAUCAACAGUCUUGGUUGAUGGUUCCAAAUACGAAUCAAUGUCAACUCAUCCCACUAAGAUACAAGCUGAGCAAGCAGCUGCAAAACUAGCUUAUGAAUACAUUUGCAAAAAAAUUGAUGCUACAGAAUGUUCACUUCUUUAUAGGGAACCUCUGCUGUGCAAAUCCAUUCUAUAUGAAUUUGCUAUCAAGAAGAACCUGAGGAGGCCUAUAUAUAACCCCGUAUAUGAAGGGCCAAGUUCAGUUUUUAUUUCCUGUGUGUCUUUGGGAUUUAGAACUUACAAAGGUGAGGUAGCUGGAAGUAAGAAAAUGGCAGAGCAAUUAGCUGCUCGAACCGCUAUUGAAUCACUCUUAGAAACUGAUGAUGGAACUCUUUCCCAAAUCAUUAAGUCCAAAGAUAAGUUCCAUCCCGGUAUACAACCCAAAAAGGAAGCUGGCACUGAUGAGAAAAUCUUACCCAACUGCUCUGGUAAUUUACAAGGCCAAACAUAUAAGUGUCAUCCUGGUAUACAAAUAAAAAAUGAAACUGGCUCUGCUGAGAAAAUCAUGCCUAAAUACUCUGGAAAUUUACAAGGCCAAAAAGCUAGCAUUGAGCGAGCAGUUGUUUGUUUCAACUCUGAUGGCACCGUUGGCAAUCAUACAAGUGGACCAAAGCGUAAAACCGAAACCAACAACUGGGGAAGGAACAAAAUGAAAAGAUUUGGUUAUUGA